AUGGACUCAACGGAGCCGGGGUUACCCCCGGCUCCUGAGAGCAGGAAGAGGUACAGUGACAUCUUCCGGAGCCUGGACAACCUCGAAAUCUCAUUGGGGAACGCGACUCUUGAGAUGCUGGCUGGAGACACUGUGAUUUCAGGAGACCCAGAACCUGACAAGAACCCCACAGCCACUUUGGCCAGUGAGACCAGCCAUUGGAGUGGCCCCUCCCCAGAGGAUCCUGCACCCCUUACAGGGGAGGAGCUGGACUUGCAGCUCAUCCGAACCAAGGGGGGCGUGGAUGCAGCUCUGGAGUACGCCAAGACCUGGAGCCGCUACGUCAAGGAGCUGCUGGCCUGGACCGAGAAGAGAGCCAGUUACGAGCUGGAGUUCGCCAGAAACAUCAUGAAGAUUGCCGAGGCCGGCAAGCUGUCAAUCCAGCAGCAGAGCCACAUGUCACUGCAGUAUAUCUACCUCCUGUUUCUGGAGCACGACCUCAGCCUAGGAAGCCUGGCCAUGGAGACACUGACCCAGCAGAAAAGAGACUACUACCAGCCCUUGGCUGCCAAACGGACUGAGAUUGAGAAGUGGCGGAAGGAGUUCAAGGAGCAGUGGAUGAAAGAGCAGAAGCGAAUGAACGAGGCGGUGCAGGCGCUGCGGCGGGCCCAACUCCAGUACAUGCAGCGCAGCGAGGAGCUGCGGGUGCGCUCCCAGGUCUCGCCCGAAGAUCUGGCUCUCCAGGCCUCACCGGGCCCCAACAAACAGCAGGAACGGCGGCGACGCUCUCGAGAAGAGGCCCAGGCCAAGGCGCAGGAGGCCGAAGCGCUGUACCAGGCCUGCGUCAGAGAGGCCAACGCGCGGCAACAGGAACUGGAGGCCGCCAAGCAGCGGAUCGUGUCCCACGUGCGCAAACUGGUGCUGCAGGGGGACGAAGUGCUGCGGCGGGUGACCCUGGGAUUGUUCGGGCUUCGAGGCGCUCAGGCAGAGCGUGGCCCCCGCGCCUUCUCCGCCCUGGCUGAGUGCUGUAAGCCCUUCGAGCCUGGCCAGCGAUACCAAGAGUUCGUGAGGGCGCUAGGGCCCUACCCCCCACCACCCCCGCCAGCCGCCUAUUCUUUCCAGGAGUUCACGCACAGUUCCCCUCUGGACACAAGAAAGAAGCUCUCUGGAGCACCCCCUCCACAGCUGGAUGAGAGUGCAGCUGAGCCAGGCCCUUGGGAGGACACAGGCACAGGCUGGCAGGCAGCUCUGGGCCCCACUGUGGGCAGUGAUGUGGACAGCGUGGGCGGCGGCAGCGAGUCUCGCUCCCAGGACUCUCCCACUUCCAGUCCAGGCUCUGGCACGAGGCGGCUGGUAAAAGUGUCAUCCAUAGGCACCGAGUCUUCAGAUGACUUUGAGGAGCGAGACCCUGGUGAGGCUGGAAGCAGGUGGAGGUGGGCUGGGGAUGGACUAGGCACUUCUGAUCCUGUCUCCCUCCCUGCAGACCUGGGAGAUGGGCUGGAGAACGGGCCAGGGACCCCCUUCAAGAAGUGGAUACUGUCCAACGCGGCCCAGACCCACCGGUUGCGGCGGCUGCGGGGCCCAGCCAAGUGCCGAGAGUGUGAGGCUUUCAUGGUCAGCGGGACAGAGUGCGAGGAGUGCUUUCUGACCUGCCACAAGCGCUGUCUCGAGACUCUGCUGAUCCUCUGUGGACAUAAGCGGCUACCAGCCCGGACUCCCCUCUUUGGGGUCAACUUCCUGCAGCUGCCCAGGGACUUCCCAGAGGAGGUGCCUUUUGUGAUCACCAGGUGCACGGCCGAGAUAGAACAGCGUGCGCUGAAUGUGCAGGGCAUUUAUCGGGUCAGCGGGUCCAGGGUCCGCGUGGAACGGCUGUGCCAGGCUUUUGAGAAUGGCCGAGCAUUGGUUGACCUGUCAGGGAACUCACCUCAUGAUGUCUCGAGCGUUCUCAAGCGAUUCCUCCAGGAGCUCACUGACCCCGUGGUCCCCUUCCACCUCUACGAUGCCUUCAUCUCUCUGGCUAAGACCCUGCAUGCAGACCCUGUGCACGACCCUGGGACCCCCAGCCCCGGCCCUGAGGUUAUCUGCUCGCUGAAGACCCUCUUGGCACAGCUGCCCGACUCUAACUACAACACCCUGCGGCACCUGGUGGCCCAUCUGUUCAGGGUGGCUGCACAGUAUGAGGACAACAAGAUGUCUGCCAACAACCUGGGCAUUGUAUUUGGGCCGACGCUGUUGCGGCUGCCCGACGGUCCAGGGCCAGCCGGUGCCGGACCUAUCACCUGUCUGCUGGAUUCCGCACACCAGGCUCAGCUCAUCGAGUUCCUCAUUGUGCACUAUGAGCAGAUCUUUGGGGCUGACGAGCUCCUCCUGGCCACUGAGCCCCUGCCCCGAGACCCCAGCCCACCCCCUGUGACCCUCCCAGCCAGCCUCCAGCCACCACACUUACAACUUGUCCUGGACCCGCUGCCCUUAUCCCUCCCCUCAGACCAGGACCCAGAAGCCAUGCUCCUUAGUGCCCUGGAGAAGCGUCCCGAGGCCACGCUCCCAGAGAUUUCAACUCUGCAGAGUGAGCAGGAAGAGGAAAUAACCGAAGACAUCAAAAAUGAGGGAGGGGAAGUGUCCAACCAAGGGCCUGAGGACUCACCCCUGGGGACACAGCCCCGUGGCCACUUCAGCCGCCAGCCAGUUAAGUAUUCCCGGGGAGGUGUGCGGCCUGUCACCCACCAGCUGUCUGGCUUGGCCCUGGUGGCUUCCAAACUGUCCGAGGAGACCCCCAUCACAUCAGUGCCCCAAGGGAGCCUGCGGAGGCGAGGACCCAGCCCUGCUGCCAGCACCCGUGAAGACAGCCCUCUGCGCCGCACCCCGCUGCCCAAGCAUUUUGAGAUCACCCAAGAGACAGCCCGGCUACUCUCCAAGCUGCACAGGGAGUCUGUGCCCCAAGCCACCUGCUGCCCAGACCCCCAGACUGAGGAGGCCGAGGACCACUUCUGA